CGAUAUUGCAUUUUUAAGUCAGCAUUAUUUUACGUUUGCAUGGCGUCGUAAACAUGGCUGCCGGGCCAAUUGCAGAAAGAAAUCAAGAUGCCACAGUUUAUGUGGGCGGUCUUGAUGAGAAGGUAUCUGAAGCUAUUCUCUGGGAACUGUUUCUGCAGGCAGGUCCUGUUGUGAAUGUCCAUAUGCCGAAAGACAGGGUAACUCAGGCACAUCAGGGCUAUGGUUUUGUAGAGUUUAUGGGAGAGGAAGAUGCAGAUUACGCAAUCAAAAUUAUGAACAUGAUCAAAAUGUACGGGAAACCUAUACGAGUGAAUAAGGCAUCUGCAAACCAACGAAAUCUGGAUGUCGGGGCUAAUAUAUUUAUCGGUAAUUUAGAUCCAGAAGUGGACGAGAAACUUCUAUAUGACACAUUUAGUGCCUUUGGCGUCAUCUUACAAACUCCUAAGAUUAUGAGAGAUCCAGACACCGGAAACUCUAAAGGUUACGCGUUCAUCAACUUCGCAAGUUUUGAGGCGGCAGAUUCCGCUAUAGAAGCCAUGAAUGGACAGUUUUUGUGCAAUAGAGCGAUUAGUAUAUCGUACGCAUUCCGAAAAGAUUCUAAAGGAGAGAGGCAUGGUUCCGCCGCAGAACGUAUGAUGGCAGCAAAGAACCCACUAUCACUUACAGAUAGACCUCAUCAAUUAUUUGCAGAUGCCCCUCCCCCUCAGCAACCUCCAGCCCCUGCUGGAAGUGUAGUCCCGCCUCCACCUCCUCCUGUUCAGCAAAUGGCCCCUGGUCAAGGCCCAGGUGGACCAGUAUCAUCACAACAGACAUCGUUACCUCCUCCAGUACCCCCCCCAAUGGGAGCACCAAUACCGCCCCCUGUUUCAGGAGCUCCGCCCAUGAUGCCUCCUCCUGUUCCGCCUUCAGGGAUGCCACCAUUCAGUGGACCUCCCCCAGGGCCGAUGGGUGCACCGCCUUUCAUGCCACCAGGAAUGGCUCGACCCCCACCCCCUGGUCCACCUCCGAGCUCCAUGGCAAACAUGCCCCCACAAGGCAUGCCUCCAAGACCAGGUAUGCCACCACCCCCAGCUCCUCCUAUGAACCCCACAUCUACAUCACAACAAAUGGGAGGCUAUCCACCUCAGCCCCCAUUAUCACAGCAGUCAAAUAUGGGCGGACCUCCGCCUGGAAUGGGACCGCCUCCAGGAAUGAGACCGCCGCCUCCUGGAUGGAGAGGUCCGCCUCCACGAGGACCUCCUCCGCCUUUUGGAAUGAGAGGUCCUCCCCCUGGAAUGCGACCACCCCCACCAGGUAUGGGACCACCAAGGGGCCCUGGUAUGAGAGGGCCACCGCCACCUAGGGGCAUGAGACCGCCACCCCCAGGAAUGAGGGGGCCACCCCCUCCUCCACCUCCGUCAGGGGGAAGUAACUAUGAUAAUUAUGAAGGUGGAUACUGAGGAGCUACAGGAAAUCUCAGAGGACACAAAAAAGAUGAAUGAUGGAAAGUGAUGCCAUGAAAAAUGGUUAAUAGCCAAAGAAUAUGGAGAAAAAAUGACUUAAAUCUGGAUCUUUCUGCUAGCCAUUAUUACCAGUGUUAUUAUUGGUGUGAUAACCGGUUUUAUUACUAAAACCGGUUUUGUAACCGAAAGUGAGAACUAAAUAUAGAGAAAGAAACCAAGUUUUUCUUGGAGCUUAAUAAGACUGAGAUCACUUUAAUGUUUGUGAAAGUGACACUUAUUUUUCUAAAGCAAAUCUGGUCAGAACAAAACAAAACACAUUUUGAGCGUAAGGCUUAGAUAUGAAAUCUUUUGUUCAUGAUAAUCAUGAUCAUGAUAAUUAUAAGAAUGAAAAUUAUAAGUGUGAUGAUUAUGAUAAUUAUGAAAAUGAUAAUUAUGAAUAAAAUAAUUAUAAAUUAUGUAUUAUGAUUAUGAUAGUUAUGAUUUUGACAAUUAAGAUUAUGAUAAUUAUCAUAAUGAUAAUUAAGAUUAUGAUAAUUAUCAUAAUGAUAUUUAAGAUUAUCAUAAUAAAUAUGAUAAUUAAGAUUAUGAUAAUGAAUAUUAUGAUAAUUAUGAUCAUUUUAAUCUAGAUAAUUGUGAUCAUGAUUAAAAUAAGCAUUAAAAAUGCAAGAAAAUUGCUGUGAUGAAGCCUGUUUAAGUAAUGUUGUCAGCAAGUGAACAUUUUUGAGUAAAGCAGAAUCAAUAAGAUUCCUUUCUGUCAGCUAAUAAAUAAAGGGGAAACUGGAUUUUAUAAGUGACAAAAAAUGUAUGAAUGUUUCUCAUUGUACCAUUAUAUAUCUACUGUUCAUUACAGAAAUGGGCUUUUCACCCAUAACAUUUUUCAUUUAGAUAUUAAUUUAAUACUUUUGGUGUAUAUGGAAUAUAUCUGAUUCUGAUUCUAUGUUAAUAACAAACAACUAAAAAUUUAAAAAUAUUUCACUUUUCUGUGAGAUAAACAUUAUAUUUACAAUUAUUCAUUUCUUUACUACAAUUCAGAUAUACUUUUCAUGCUCUUCAUUUUUUUUUAUUUGUUUGACAAUCUUUCUGUCUGUUUAGGCAUGGGCUAGACCAAAUUUGGACUUUGGGGUACCCAGGCUCUAAAUGCCAAUAGAAAUCUUGGCACUGGCUAAUAGGGCUAGGCAAAAGGAGACAAACUUAUAAUAGUGUCUCUCCUAUAAAUUUCAUAAAACUAUCCUAAAAAUGGGAGAAGUGCCAAUUUGUUGUCACACACUAUUGUUUACUCAGUUGAAAAAAACAGUGAUAGAUCUAACAAAAGUUAUGUUUUUUUGGUCUUUUUGAAACUCUAUUUUUGCCUGAUUGUACAGGUGACAGAAUACUUUCAUGGUGGAACACAGAAAACUGUGUCAGAAUGUAGCAAAUCUAGCAUGGAAAUAUGAUUUCUAAAUAGAAAUAUUAGAACAAGAAUCUUCCAUUGAUAAAUUUCACUGUUUCAUUGUUUUUUGAGCUGCCACUGCAAAAGUUGACAUUCUGUCCCAGUAUCAGAUUCAAUGUGGAUCACCUUUACGUAAUCUGACAUACAUGAAAUGCGGACAUCACCCUACCAGGUUGCAAAGGGGUCAAAGCUUAACAGAGUUUAGAAUGUUGUAUAAUUGAUAAUAUUUUUAAGUCAAGCAGUAACUAUUGGUU